UCUCUCCCCACUCCUCUUCAUCCCGCCUUUACCAUCUCCCUUCUACCUCCUCUAUCCUUCCUUACUUUCCCCUCACCCCCUCCCCCCCUCUAAAAAUGGGAAAAGGAGGAAAAGUGAGUGAUCUUCUUGCCUCGAGGAAGGUGAGGAUAAUCCUCAUCGCCUUGGCCAUGGUUCUGGCGGCUGGACUCACUGUCAUGGGAGUUCUGAUACACAACUGGGAGCCCAAGAUUGUUGCCAGACCCGAGCACGCCGAAGCACCUUGUCUUGUGUCUGCGGGCGCCGACGAGAGCCAAUGCCUUCAGGUGGGCUGCAUCUGGGCCCCGAGGACUGACGCCCCCAGCUGCUACUUCCCUCCGGCGUCGUCCCAUGGAUACACCAUCUCCGACGCCCUUCCUGACGCCGGCGCAGAAGGAGGGGAUGGAGGCGCGGAAGAAGGAGGAAGAGGAGGAGGAGGAAAAGACGCAGGAGGAGGAGGAGGAGGAGGAGGAAGAAAAGACGCAGAAGGAGGAAGGAAUGGCGAAGGAAUAACGAAGUACACGCUGAAGUUGAAACCCUCUUCCGCUAAGGUGGUGGAGGGCAUGAAGGAGACGCUGCAGGCGGAGGUGGUCGAGUACGCGGAUAAUCUCUUCAGGAUCAAGGUGACAGUGCCAGGAGAGCAGCGCUACGAGGUGCCGGUGCCGCUUGACCUCCCCGCCCCCUCCUCUCCCUCCUCCCCCCUGUACAAGGUCAGCCUCGACGAAUCGGGCGACUUCACCAUCAAGGUCACCAGGAACGACACCAACAAGGUCAUCUUCGACACGAGCACCGGCGGAUUCACCUUCGCCGAGCAGUUUCUUCAAGUGUCAACCCGCCUUCCCUCGAGUAAUCUGUACGGCCUCGGGGAGCACGCCCACGAAUCCUUCAGGCACGAUCUGGCUUAUAGGACGUGGCCCAUGUUCGCCAGGGAUCAGCCGCCUGGAAACGUUGGCGAGAAUUUGUACGGCGUCCAUCCGAUGUACAUGGUUGUCGAGGAGGAUGGAACAAGCCACGCUGUCCUCUGGCUCAACAGCAAUGCUAUGGAGGCAGAGACGAUGCCCUUACCUGGCCUGACCUUACGCUCCAUCGGGGGCAUAAUUGACCUGUUUUUCUUCCUCGGUCCGAGCCCGGAGCAGGUCGUGGCGCAAUACACGAGCGUGAUUGGUCGCCCGUUCCUGCCUCCCUAUUGGUCACUUGGAUUCCAACUUUGCAGAUAUGGUUAUAAUUCUCUUGAAAAUCUUACAUCGGCUGUGUCUCGUACUCGGCGCCACGGAAUUCCUCAGGACGUCCAAUAUGCCGACAUCGACCACAUGGACCGACGCCUUGACUUCACGUACGACAAAGAACACUUCGCCGGACUCCCCGAGUACAUCCGCCAGGUGAAGAGCGAGGGACUGCGGUUCGUCAUCAUCCUCGAUCCUGCCAUCAACGCUGAGUUGCCAGCGGGAGAAUACCCUGUGCACGAGGCAGGUGUUGCUAAUGACGUAUACAUCACGUGGCCCGAAGGUCAGGCCCCGGAUGAGAAUUUCGGCGCCGGUGACGUCAUGCUAGGAUACGUGUGGCCAGACAACAGAACCGCUUUUCCCGACUUCUUCCGAGAGAAAACGAAGUCAUGGUGGAAGGAACAGAUCGUCGACUUCCACAAAAUACUGGAAUUUGAUGGACUGUGGAUCGACAUGAACGAGCCGGCCAACUUCGGCACGAACGAGGAGCGUCCGUGGAACUGGCCUGAGGAGUGGGGGCCCUGGAGCCUCACCUGCCCCCCCUCCCCCUUGGACGACCCCCCCUACGUCACCGCCGCCGCUUCCGUUUGGGGGGAAGAUAAGAGACUCUCGGACAAGACCCUGUGCAUGGUGGCCAGGCAGGGCGACGAUCGGGAACUGAGCCACUAUGACGUGCACAACCUCUACGGGUGGUCGGAGGCGCUGCCCACGCUCGAAGCACUCCAGGCAGCCACGGGCAAGAGGGGCAUCGUGGUGACCCGCUCAACGUACCCGGGCAGCGGCAGAUGGGCGGGGCACUGGCUUGGAGACAACAGGGCCAGCUGGAGGCACCUCAGAGACUCUAUCACGGGGAUGCUGGAAUUCAACCUCUUCGGGAUCCCCUACGUGGGUGCGGAUAUUUGCGGAUUUUUCGACAAUGCCGAAGAGGAGAUGUGCGGGCGGUGGAUGGAGCUGGGUGCCUUCUACCCCUACAGCAGGAACCACAACACACUGGGCGCGAUCGACCAUGACCCCGGCUUAUGGCCCAGCGUAGCGGAAUCUAGCAGAAAGGCGCUAAGAAUCCGCUACACUCUGCUACCGUAUCUUUACACGCUACAUUUCCUCGCCGCUACGAAAGGUUCUACUGUUGUGAGGCCGCUGUUCUUCGAGUUUCCAAAUAUUGUCGACACGUGGGAUGUAGACGACCAGUUCCUAUGGGGAUCCUGGCUCAUGGUUGCGCCAGUUACCCAACAAGGAAGGACGUCGAGAAGAGUAUAUUUCCCCCGGGGUAUCUGGUAUGACUAUUAUCACGGCGCCGUGUUCAACCAGACGCACGGGAUCGAGAGGCCUGUGUUGGCUCCUCGCUCUCACAUCCCUCUGUUCGUGCGCGGGGGGGGGAUCCUGGUCACACAGCGGCCCCGAGACAACACAGCGCAUUCGAGGAAGGAGCCCCUGGGAUUGAUCGUCGCUCCGGAUUGGGCCAAGGAAGCUUCUGGGACCUUCUUCUGGGACGACGGAGAGGGAAUAGGUAGGGAGCCUUCUUUUAAAAGGGGCAGUGUCAGAAGCAGGUUCAGCGGUAUCGUGCCGGUUGUGUUUGUCUGGGGGAGAUUUGGAAUUCUUUUGAGGCCGCUGGCUUUUGAAGGCCGCGGGAACGGGCUCCUGCUUGGCUUCAGGGUUUUUACUCUUAUCAGAGAUUAA